UUUUGCUAAUGGGUGUGAGCAAACUAGAUGUUUUAUACAGACGCCUUCUUCUCACUAAACUUUUCAUUCAGGGAUGGGGAAGACCAGAAGACCUGAAAAGAAUAUUUGAAUUCAGAAAGAUUAUUGGAAACAGGGGAAAAUGCCAGAAUCUGGUAUCAAGGGACUAUCCAGUGCAUGUUACCAAGGUUGAAGAGCAGUCAGAUUGUAAGGUCCUAGAUGGACACUUUAUUUCGCCCUUGGCUCACUAUGUUCCAGAUAUCAUGCCAGUGGAAACUAUCACAGCAAGGUUUCAGUUUAUAGUUCCCAAGAGGUGGAACAGCAAACACAGACCUGUAUGUGUUCAUUUAGCAGGCACUGGAGACCAUUACUUUUGGAGACGACGCACAUUAAUGGCCCGUCCAAUGAUCAAAGAGGCUUGUAUGGCUUCAUUGCUACUAGAAAACCCUUAUUAUGGAUGCAGAAAACCUAAAGAUCAGUUAAGGUCAAGUCUAAAAAAUGUGUCUGAUCUGUUUGUGAUGGGAGGUGCUCUUGUGCUAGAAUCAGCAGCCCUUUUGCACUGGCUUGAGAGAGAAGGCUAUGGACCCCUAGGAAUGACGGGAAUAUCAAUGGGAGGACAUAUGGCAUCAUUAGCAGUAUCAAAUUGGCCAAAACCAUUGCCCCUAGUUCCUUGUCUGUCCUGGUCUACAGCUUCUGGUGUUUUUACUACGGGUGUACUGAGCAAAGCAGUGAACUGGAGGGAGCUAGAGAAACAGUAUUAUAGUCAGAGUGUUUAUGAAGAAGAAAUCAUUCAGAUGCUUGAAUAUUGUGGGACAGAUUCAUUCAAGAUGGGACAAGACUUUGUUAAAAAUUCUCCCAGCAGUGUGGACAGCUUAAACAGCCUGGAUCUGAAUUCUAGUGUGCUGAACUUGGAUACCAGAAGCAAAGUUCCGUCUUCAGAAGGUGGCCGCUGGCUUAGCACUAGCAAAAGUACUCUAAGUGCCUCAGCAGAAGGAUUGUUAAUGCAAGAGGCACCAAAAAUGCAGUGCAUAAACCAGACUUUUUCAACCAGCAGCAAUAGCAAUAAGGACUUUAUCUGUGAGCAGAAGCAUCUGAUAAGUGGGAAAAGUGACACUUUACAAAGAGAAUCUCUAAGAUUCAUGAAAGGGGUGAUGGAUGAAUGUACCCAUGUAGCUAACUUUUCAGUUCCAGUUGAUCCAACACUGAUCAUAGUUGUUCAAGCCAAGGAGGAUGCUUAUAUUCCAAGAACUGGAGUGCGAAGCCUUCAAGAAAUAUGGCCAGGAUGUGAAAUCAGAUAUUUGGAAGGAGGUCAUGUUAGUGCAUACCUCUUCAAACAAGGAUUGUUCAGACAAGCCAUAUAUGAUGCAUUUGAACGCUUUCUUCAGAAAUAUGCCAUAUAAUUUUACUCUGAACUACUCUGCGCAAUUUU